UCACCACCAUGCUGUGUCCUGCUGCUGUCAAUGCAGCUGCUGCGGCUGUCUGGCUGCUGGCGGUGCUGGGCCCAGGCCUGUCUCACGCAGCUGAGGACAGCUCGGAGCAGGGCUUCAGCCUCUGCGGCCACUGCUUCUACAGACAGACGCCUCCUCAGGGAGCCUCUGCAGGGCCGCUGCUGCGCUCACUCUGCCACAGACUGCCCGGGGGACAGGCGUUUGCCACUCUGUCCAGACCAACCUGUGACACAGCUGUCUACUCGGCCUUCCAUCUCAGCCAUGACUGGACAGAGAGAGAGGAGGGGGACGAGCUGGGGACAGAAGAAGAAGACAUUGAAAUCGCAGUGCCAGCUCUUCUCAGAGGAGGCCAGGAUCCAUCUCCUGUCUCGCCCACAGACUCCCCGCUUCAACACUGGGACUCAACAGUCACAACACUGGUCCAGUCAAGCAUCAUUCCCCAGUGCAGCUCUUUAGGGGGAGAUCUCUACAUCCUAACCGGGGCAGGAGGUCUCGGGGCUGCUGAGGAUGGAGACGAGGAGUGUCAGGCGAAGCCGCUGUGGUCUGCAGUCUGCUGCGCCGUCCCAGAGGGGACGAGUGGCUUCAGUUUGGGGUUAAUCAGAGAGACAGAGGGAGGGGAGAGACAAGUGAGUGUGGAGGAGCUGGAGGAGGUGCUAGGAGUGGCAGAGCUGUUCUCAGAAGGCUGUGGAGGAGCAGCUGGGGACACUGUUGGAAUCAGAGUGGGUCUUCACAGUGAGGGGCUCGCUGGAAAUAUAGAAGAUGCAGAUGCAGAUCUCAGUGAUGAAAACACUGAUUCAAACGCUGCUGGUGGAGACACUGACGGAGAGGAGGUUGCUACAGGUGGCACUGAAGGAGGGGAGGUCGGUUCAGAGGCCACUGAAGGAGAGGAGGUUGGUUCAGAGGCCACCAGCCAAGAUUCAAAUGCAGACACGGAGGAAAGAACAGAGCCACGGAUCGCUGGAAAGAAGCUGGCUGGUGCUGAUGCUCAGCCAGAGGCAGCCGAUGCUGCUGACGUCACACAGGAAACUUCAGCAGAUGCAGCAACUUCAGAGAGCAGCAGUGAAGAGCAGCGUGACGUGACGCGUUCAAGAGCUGUCAGAUCAGAGUCUCCUGAGUCCUCAGCUGACGAUGAAACUGUGCAAGAACAAGAAAAAGACACAAAUUCCAGCAGCACUCUGGUCUACAUCCUCUCCACCACCUUGUCCAUCCUUAAAGCUCCACUGCAGCCUUUGUUCUCCACUGUCACACAGUUACCUGGACAGGUGACAUACGUUCUUCAGGAGGACCUUGGGGUUCUGUCUGCCCUGCCUGGAGAAACCUUCUCCCUGUUCCACCUCUUGACCUCUGACUUCUUGUCUUGGACGUGCUCAGCUGGGGAAACGCUGCUGGGCAUCGGGGAAUGCUGCUUCUCCAGCAUGUAUUACUGUUCCUCUUCCAUGCUGGGGGCCCUGCUGGACAGCUGCCACACUGGAGUCACUGGCGUGGGGACCCUGGCCGGAGACACAGCAGGGAUAUUUGGGGAUGCGCUGGAUAAUGCUUGGUGGGUGACCAAGUUCUUUGGAGGGCGUCUGUGGGAGAACAGCGAGGGUUAUGUAGGAUCAGUGGUGUCAGAGAUGGGGGGUCAGGCGAAAGCUGUAGGUGGAGGUUUUUGGAGGCUGGUGUGGAGAAGUGGAAAUGGGGUGGGUAAUGUGUUCAGGACGGGAGGGGGUUUAAUAAUGGGGGUAGUGAAUAUGUUCACUGGUGCAAUGAGAGGGGCUUUUGGGGAGGAGGAGUGA